GCACAAAGAUUUAGGAUUUCUUCAAAACACCAAGAAAAAUGAUAGAAUAUUUUGGUUGGGAUUAUAUGUUCGAAAGGUGGAAAGAUAUGUGGUUAAAUUCACUAUACGCUGGGAAUCUUGAACGGAACAUUAGGGAAGAAGAUCUCUUCGAUUUGUUUUCCGAUACGGCUCAUGUUGUCCGUGUUCAUAUUUGUAGAGAUCCUUCGACCUAUGUUUCUUUUGGCUAUGGCUACGUCUUCUUUGCCAAUCGUCAUGAUGCUAUGUUUUUGCUUCCUGGUCGGGUCGGUGCAGCUGAAAAAGCACUACUGAAGCUAAACUUUGUUACUUUUAAGGGAAAGUCCAUUAGAAUUAUGUAUUACGGCCAAACUCUAAGUCUCAACGGAGUUGGUAAUAUAUCCAUCAAGAACCUUGACAAAUCCAUCGAUCACGAAGCACUCCAUGAUACAUUUGCCUACUAUGGAUUAAUUGUUAGAAGCAAAGUAGCGACUGAUGCCGCUGGUCAAUCAAAAGGCUUUGGCUUUGUUCAGUAUGACACUGAAGAAUCAGCUCACAAAGCCAUAAAACAUAUGAAUGGAAUGCUUUAUAACGAUACAAAAGUAUUUGUCGGACCUUUUCUUCAGAGAGAUUCUCAAGGUGUCAAUGUUGUUGUCAAAAAAAUUCCCAAAUAUAUGACUGAAACUGAAUUGAAUAGAGUUUUUCAAAAGUUUGGACCGACGACGAGUUGUGAGAUCAAAAUAAAUGAUCAAGGAAAGUCAAAAAGGUUCGGCUAUGUUAAUUUUGUAAAUCCAGAUGAUGCAGCCAAAUCUGUUGAGGCUUUGAAUGGGAAGAAGUUUGGUUACUACAAGAAGUGGUUUGUUGCGAAAUCGAAAAAGAAUUAUGAGAUGGCAUUAGUAAUGAAGCGACGUUUGAAGAAUGUUGCGGAAAGAUCUCACGGUUUGAACUACUUGCGUGUUAAAAAGCUGGACAUAAGCGUAACUGAUGAAAUCCUCAAAGAUUUCUUUUCUCCCUAUGGAACUAUAACAUCAUGCAAGGUUAUGAGAGAUUCUAGUGGGGUGAGUAAAGGAUCCGGCUUUGUUGCAUUUUCGAAACCUGAGGAAGCUUCUAAAGCUUGGGUUCAGAUUGCGGCGAUUAACGGAGACAUGAGUAUUAGAAAACAAGUUUAUGUGGAUAAAGCUACAGCACUAAGAAAUGCAACCCCUGAACAUAAGAGAAUGAUGCUUGGUCAGAAUUUGUACCAACUUGUUGAACAACUCGAGCCAGAUUCAGCAGCAAAGAUCACUGGAAUGAUUCUCGAAAUGGAACAAGCCGAAGUACUUCAUUUAUUGGAAUCACAUGACUCCCUCAUAUCUAAAGUCAUUGAGGUUGUGGAAGUCCUGAGGACUGACCAACUAUCCCGAGGUGUGGCUGAAUCUCGGUUGAACUACUCCGUCUCCGAUCACAAAGCCACACACUCUACCAGUUACUCAAAACCUUCCCUAAGCCUAUGUUUCAGAAGCCCAAAGGCCAACUCUCUAACGCGUGUUAACAAUCGCAUAUCGACGCAUGAGAGGACGGAUGUGUUGCUGACCAACAGAUUUGCUGCCUUAACAGAUUCAAGAGAAUGAUAAGAUUAACAUUUAAACGUUCUUACAAGUACAUAUGUCAAUUUCUAAGCGAAUAAGGUUACUCUCUAAUC